AUGUCUUACUUGGGACCCGAAUUGAACAUGGAGAAUUUUUCGUGGGCAGUUUUGCUGCUGGUGCCCAUUUAUGUGAUCGUGCAUUUUGUCCGUAAUUACUUUGCCCUUCGAGGACGAGAUUUUCCUGGUCCUUGUUUAGCCAAGUUCACCAAUUUCUGGCGGCUACGCGCGGUCUACAGAGGGAACUUUGAGCACGUCCUGUAUGAUCUACAUUUGAAACACGGCGAUGUAGUGCGCAUUGGACCCCGAUGCCUCAGUAUCUCGAACCCGGCUGCCAUCGAAGGAAUAUAUGGAGUCAAGACUGAUUUUAAAAAGAGUGAUUAUUACAAUGUUAUGCAAGCAGUCGAAAACGGGAAAAUCAUCCCGACGCUUGUCACCACAAAGGAAAAGAGUGGCCAUGCAGCUCUGAAGCGACCGAUCGCGAGCGCGUUCAACAUGUCCAGCAUGAUGAAAUAUGAGCCAUUUGUGGAUGAUACUAUUGUCACCUUGGUUAAAAAACUCAACGAGAAAUUCGUAGUCGAGGAUCUACCUUGCGAGAUUCAUAAAUGGAUUCAAUACUUUGCAUUUGAUGUUACCGGAGAGCUCACCUUUAGCCGGCCCUUUGGAUUUCUCCAACAAGGGAAAGACGUUGGAGGCCAAAUUCAAUCAGUGGUGCAGGCAUUCGUCUAUUUUGGUGUCGUCGGCCAAAUACCUAUCAUUGACUAUUAUCUCACUAAGCAUCCUAUAAUCAACCGGCUCAUGAAAAUAAAGAAUCCGUAUAUCGAUGCAGCGACGGCUAAACUGCAGGAGCGGAUGGAAGAAUCAGAGGUAAUCAAGGACAACAACAGACAAGAUUUGGUCAGCCAAUUUCUUGAGGCCAAAGAAAAGCACCCGGGAAAAGUCACUGAUCAAGAAUUGAUUGGCUACGUGAUGACUAUGCUUAUUGCAGGCAGUGAUACAUCCAGCGUCGGUCUCCGCGCUAUGGUGUAUUUCUUGGCUAAGUAUCCGGAUGUACAAAGACGACUUCAAGUCGAAUUGGAUAGUGUCGGGAAUCUCAAGUUCCCAGUUGCCUGGAAAGAGACACAGAACAUGCCCUACCUGGACGCGGUAAUCAAGGAGUCGCUGCGUGUGCACCCGGGUGGUUCAGUGAUUCAGGAGCGAGUCGCUCCAGAGACUGGGUAUCAGCUGCCUGAUGGCCGCUUCGUGCCGGCAGGAACCAUUGUCGGCAUCGCAGGGUGGAACAUCAGCCGGCGCAAAGAAUUUUACGGCGAUGAUGUGGACACUUUCAAUCCAGAUCGUUGGCUACGUGGCGCCACCGAGAGUGAGGAACUUUACCAGAUACGACUGGGUGGAAUGAAAAAGGCGGACAUGACUUUUAGCCAUGGUCCGCGUGUCUGUAUUGGAAAGAACAUUGCGCUGAUGGAGGCCUAUAAGCUGAUUGCCACAAUCUUCGGGCUUUUUGAAGUGCGACUUGAGAAUCCCGACAAAGAGUGGACCGUGACCAGUGCCACUAUGAUGUCGCAGUCUGACAUGGAUGUCCGAUUUGAAUGGAGACAGGGGCAUAGUGUGAUUGAUCUAGGGCGUUAG